AGUCAUUUCAUGUUUGUCUGUUUGGGUGAUGCUGGACUUACUGGUGGGUCGUGUUGUUAAAACUUAAAUGAUGUCAUAGAAUUUUUGUCAUACAAAAAUGGGAACCACCAAAUUAUUUUUGUAUUACAUCUUCACUGCUUCAUUAUUUUUGGGAGUAUCUACCACGCACGUAUGUGAAAUUGAAAAUUAUGUGUCCAAUUGCGUGUACACAGUGGCCUGUGAGAUAUACGCUGGCAGCGCUUCUGCUGCCAACUGCAAUUCUGAGCCUUAUGUCACUUUUGUUUUACAAAAAUCUACCGCAAAUAUUCUCACUGCAGGCUUCUUUGGAGCCACCAACUUUGACUCAAGGGUGAGGGUUAUUAAUGCUAGCAAUAACAACUGGAACAUUAUUGCAGAAUCAACUUUCAGGUAUUACUCCAAAGUUGAACAUAUAACUAUUUCUAAUAACAAAAUAAAAGAAAUACAGAACAUGGCAUUUAGGCCUUUGAUAUAUCUCAAAACAUUAAACUUAUCAAGAAACGAAAUAAGCACUCUUGGAUUAAACUCUCUAUAUACACAUGAUGAUAAAGAAUCCGAUGUUGUUUCUUUGGAUCUUUCGUUUAAUAACUUGGAAGUUCUACAAAGUGGCUUAUUCCAGCGAAUGAACAAGCUAAUGAGACUAUAUUUACAAUAUAACAAGAUAAAUGAUUUACCCGAUGAUGUGUUUAUGAAUUUGAGAAACUUGACCAGCUUGGAACUACAACAUAACUAUUUGAAGUCGUUUAAUAUGACACUAAUUAAUUUGAAAUCCUUACAAAUUCUAGAUGUGUCAGACAACAACCUUGUACGGCUAUCUGGUUAUGAGUUGAAUCGAUUAACGGCACUAGUUUCAGCAAACUUUUCUAACAAUGCCAUCGAAACUUUAGAGUCAAAUUGUUUUAAUCAAGCUUUUAACUUACAACUUUUAGACCUUAGUAAUAACAAAAUAAAGUCUACUUUAGAGAGCGUGAUGCUAAUCAAUAACGUUAAACUAUUUUAUUUGGAUCUAAAAAAUAAUUCACUAACAACAAUAGAAGAUAAUGUCUUUAAACAUAACAAUCUCACCUAUUUGAGUUUACAGAAUAACAACAUAACGGGACCAAUUACAGAAUCUACAUUUACUGGUUUACAAAAAAUAGAUGUAUUGAAUUUGUAUGACCAAAGCAUAACAUCGCUAGGACACGCUGCUUUUUCAGACCUGACAAGUCUAGAGGUACUUAAUUUAGGUAAAAAUAAAAUAUCUGCUAUUAAUACUUCAUGUUUUGGUUUAAUGACAAAUUUACAAGUUUUAGAUUUAUCAAAUAAUGCUAUAUCAGAUCUGUUAUUUACAGAAAAUUCUUUGAUAAAUUUAACAGAAUUUAAAUUAAAUAACAACAAUUUAUCUAAAAUAAGUUCAGGCCAAUUUGUUAAUCAAACGCAGUUAAAAAGGUUAGAUUUAUCCAUGAAUAAAAUUAAAAUUAUUGAACGUUUUGCCUUACCACUAAGCAAUCUACAAUAUUUGAAUGUAACUGGAAAUUCUUUGACAGGCACUAUAGAACCAGAUACUUUCAGUCCAGCUAAAUAUUUAAGUUCUUUGGACUUAAGCAAUUUCAACUUUAGUAAAGUGAAAAAUAUGUCAUUUGUUAAUUUGCCUGCAUUAGCGCGAAUGAAUCUGUCAAAUAAUGUCAUAGAUGAAAUAGGGUGUAACAACUUUAUCGAUCUAAAAAAUAUGUACUCCUUAGAUCUAUCUCAUAACCAUCUAAAAGUUUUGGGACUCAGAAAUGGAUCAAAUAAUUUGAAAUCUCUUUAUCUGAACAAUAAUAAUUUAAAAAGCCUUCCUAGCAUGAAUAUAUCUGGUGUGUUGUAUUUAGAUUUAUCUCAUAACAAUAUUACAAAUGUCUCUGAUACAUUUUUUGAACAAUUACAGAACAUCAAAGCAUUACAUAUGUCCUAUAAUAGAAUAAAACAUUUCAACAAUAAAUAUACAAAUUUCCUUACUAAGCUAACAGACUUGAGUUUAUCUCAUAACGAUAUUGAUAAGAUUGAUUUAAGUUUAUUCGGAGAAUUGAUAAGCUUGGAUAUAAGUAGUAAUCGGUUGAAUUGUAUAGAUAAGGAUUUUCUAAAGAAUGUGGAUAACUUGCAAGCUUUGGAUUUGAGCAAUAACAAUAUUACAGCAUUACCUCCGGGUACAUUUCAGAAUAUAAAAAUUUUAAAAAUGCUUAAUAUGUCAUCAAAUCAUCUAUCCAACUUAAGGUAUGGCAGCGUUAGAGGCUUACACAGAACUGAAGUAUUAGAUAUUUCCAAAAAUGAUAUUACAGAGUUUGAUGUUGAUGUCUUUCAUGAAUGUAUAGAACUGAAGAAACUGAUUAUAGAUUACAAUAAAAUUAAAGCAAUAGAUUUUGAUAGGUUAUUGGUUGUAGCACCAAAAUUAAGUUCUGUAAGUUUAGGAGGAAAUCCUCUAUCCUGUAAAGAGAUUGUCAGAAAUAUGAGAUCUGUUAAUCACACUUUCUUUCGUCCAAUGGAAGUGACAUCAGUUGACAAGAUAUAUCACGAAGAUAAUGUACAUGGAAUUAGAUGUGGAGAUAUCAAUGCAAAUACUACCAAACCAGAGAAGAAAGAAACAGAAUCAUCACAGCAAUCAUCAUCAGCAAUGUAUUUUGUGUAUGCUUUGGUGCCAGUAUUAUUUGUUGUAUUAGUCAUUAUAGGUAUUGCCUACUUUAAGCAUUACAGAAGAAAUAGUAAUGACAAUUUUAGUGAAUUGCGGCUACGAAGAUCUCUAGAAAUCAGCAGUUCUAGCAUUCAGACUGAUUUCUUAAAUUAGUUAUUUAAGUUUUGUAUUUUGUUAUAUCAAUAAAUAUUUUAACAUAA